AUGAAAUUCCCAAUGUUGGGGACACAAUUCCUGGUACUGGUGACGGAAUUCCUGGAGUUGGGGUCUCCCCGGGAGUUGGGGUCUCCCCGGGAGUUGGGGUCCCCGCCGGCCGCCCCCCGGGCCCGGCCCCCCGCCCGGGAUGAGGAUUUCUACUGCGUCAAGUGGAUCCGUUGGAAAGGGCAGCGGACGCCGGUGGUGACGCAGAGCGAGAACGGGCCCUGCCCGCUCCUGGCCAUCCUCAACAUCCUCCUCCUGCAGUGGAAGGUGAAGCUGCCCCCGCAGAAGGAGGUGAUCACGGCCGAGGAGCUGAUGGCACAUCUGGGGAAUUGCAUCCUGGCCACCCAACCCCGGGACACCUCGGAGGGGCUGCAGCUGAACUUCCAGCAGAACAUCAGCGACACCAUGACGGUCCUGCCGAAGCUCUCGACAGGGCUGGACGUCAACGUCAGGUUCACGGGGGUCUCAGAUUUCGAGUACACCCCCGAGUGCAUCGUCUUCGACCUCCUCAACAUCCCACUCUACCACGGCUGGCUGGUGGACCCCCAGAGCCCGGAGCAGGUCCAGGCCGUGGGCAGGCUCAGCUACAACCAGCUGGUGGAGAAGAUCAUCACCUGCAAGCACGCCAGCGACUCCAGCCUGGUGAGCCAAGGGCUGGUGGCCGAGCAGUUCCUGGAGUCCACGGCCUCGCAGCUGACCUUCCACGGGCUCUGCGAGCUCACGGCCCGCGCCCGCGAGGGCGAGCUCGGCGUCUUCUUCCGCAACAACCACUUCAGCACCAUGAUCAAGCACAAGGGCCACCUUUACCUGCUGGUGACGGACCAGGGCUUCCUGCAGGAGGAGGGGGUGGUGUGGGAGAGCCUGCACAGUGUGGAUGGGGACAGCUGCUUCUGCGACGCCGAGUUCCACCUCAGCCACCCCCUGGGCAAGGAGGGGGCCACCGCGGCCCCCCCGGACCCCCGGCGGCAGCAGAGACAAGUGGACCAGGAUUACAUGGUGGCCCUGUCCCUGCAGCAGGGGCUGGACUCGCCCUCCGUGCUCAGCGACCUGGAGCUGGCACGGCAGCUGCAGCACGAGGAGUACCAGCAGCACCAUCCUCAUCCUCAUCCUCACCCUGCUGCUCCUCAGCUGCUCCCAGCACAGGCGGGCGGGCGUCUGGCCGGAGAGCGGCGGCAGCGGCAGAGGCCGGAUUUGGACUGCACCCUCCUGUAGCACCUCGUGCCCGUGGGGUCCCCACGCCCACAGCCCCCCGAGUCCCCACUCUGCGUCCCCCGUGGAGAUCCUGGGGGGUCCCUGUGGGCUGGAGUGGACACACGGGUGAGGGGUGACGUUCUGAGGCCACCCCCAGGACCACCCCAAACUUCCCAGUGGCCUUAACACAGGGGGGUCCCACUCAGGGGGAACCCCCACACCUCAGUCCGUGCUCUGAGACACGGGUGGACGUACAGACGGGGGGACACGUGCACCCCCUGCUCAAAAUGUGGCCUUAGCCCUUGGCAAGUAAAGGACUUUUCCCCCCUGCA